UCGCCUGAGUUGCUCCGGUGACUGAAAGUGAAGCCUCUUCAAUCUGUCAUAUAGAAGCACCACCACGGUCGUCUCACUCAGUCCAUGAAGAUUCAUUUAAUGUUUUCCUUCAGCGACUUCGAGACGGUUGCGAACUUGGAAGACUCAGCUGCGGAGCCUUUUCUCUGACACUUUGAAUGAGAAGUACACGGAUCUGGAGCGAAUAGAUAUGGAGUCUGAAGAGGAUCUAGUGGCUCCUAUCCCAGCCUUCUCUCAUAAACUCUCACCUUCAAGAAGCUUCUCCGCCGCUCCUCCCCAAAACCUCACUACGCAGUGCAGCUUACCGUCUGCAGGAAACAUCCCUUCUGCCGUCUGUGGUGAGUCAAUACAGAAGACGAAUCUCCAAUGCUCUAUAACGAACAGCAGCUCGAGUUUUGGGCUCCUCUCAUCAAGUUCUGGUCGGUUUGGCUUUGGGGGCAUUGGGAGUUUGGAUUUGCCUUCCCUGGGUGCUCACUUACAAUUUGGUACAUUUAAAAACUGGUGGCAGCCGACAGCAGCACACACCAAUGAAGCAGCAACAGCAUUUUUCUCCCCAUUUCUGGGCCUGCAUCCUGUUUUUGUAUCCAACUUUGACAAACUCUGUCCUGUUGCUCUACAACCCCACCCCUCAGGCAAACGGAAGAGGACAGAAACUUCCCCACCACCUGUGAACUCUGCUGUUAAUGUUACCUCGUCAGCAGAAAAACAAAAUAAAGACAAAUCCAAAGCCAAUGGGCUUCUUCUGAGCCUUCAUCGGCCAGUACACCGGAAAACCAUUCAUGAACCAAAAGAACAGCUUUUGAAGAGACCCCAAACUCGUGUCAGUCGCUGCCAGUCGGGGCCCCUGACGGACAGUUCCACUGAUGCUGAGGACAGCAGCAUCAGCAGUGGCAGCAGUGAUCCCGACGACGUGGAGGAAGAAGACCAUCAGAGCAGUGACAGCGAGGACUCUGUCUCCAAGCAAGAGACUGCAGCUAAACGGAAUGUUGAGUUGCUGACACACGGCACUAACAAGAAGAGAUGGAAAAGACCCGGUUCUGUGGAUGGAAAUGCUGCAUGGGAGAGCCAUCAUCCCCACCAUGAUUCUGUUGCUGAUCGGCCUCAGUCCACUGCUCACAGUGCAGAGGGGCCAGACCAGCAGCAUGUCAGCGUCAUACAGGCCACAGGAUCUUUAGCAGAAACCCACAAGGAGAGAAGUCCACUUCCCCAUAAUUCUCCACCCAAUUCAGCUUCUGUCAGAUCUAAACACUACGCUGGUUUUCAUUCAGGGAAGACGCUCACUUCAUCCCCCUCAGCAAGACAAAGCCAUGCCUCUUCCUCUGGAAUUCCCUUCACUAUAAACUCACAUCCAUCUAUUAGUUCUCCCAAAACCCUCUCCCCAUCUUCCUUAACAAAACAAAUAACUCUUUUGACCUCAAAGGAAGCUGGAGGGAAACCAGAAAAUGUUGAUCGCAUGAAGCAAAGCUGUGAACGCUCAUCACUGAAGAACAUCAGAAAACAGUGGCCGUCUACGAAGGGGACUUCCUCUGUUCCACCUAAGAGCCAAUUCUGUGACUCUGACCUGUUCUUAAACCCACGUGGAUGGAUGCAGGAUGCUGUGCAAGAUGCUCCUUUGGCUCUGAUCAAAAAAGCCCCCUGCCAGAGCCACGCCCCCAGCAGCCCCCGUCACCUCCCCGUCAUGAACUUAGACUCCCAACACAGAGAUGUGUUGGAUGCUUCAUCGUUGAAGCCCUCCGUCUCAACUCUUCCACCGCAAUCGCAAAAGAAUAAUGCAGCUCUGAGUGGAGAGAAAAUGUUCACCAAAACGAACUCGUCCAGUUCACCUUUGAACUUAAGCAGAAAUACUAAAUCCUAUUUGCUCUGCAGAAGAGAUUCUUUAGGAGACAAUGAUGAUGAGGAUUCUGGGAGUAGCCUUUCAGAGAACAAUCCUGACACGGUGUCUGAAGGAUCAGAGGAAGAGGUCAAGGAAAGUCUAGAGACGGGAAUGGAAAAUCGUGCUGUUGGGACUCUGCUGAAACCAUCUGAUGCUUCAUUCUCCAGUCAUGGAGAUAUUUCAAACACUUCAGCACACUACUUAUCCCUAAACAAGAUGUUCACAGAGCCUUUAGUUUUACAAAGUGGUGGUCUUUUUAGAUCCACCACAACCACAGGAGUCUUGGAAGAACAAAGCGCCUUUGCAACAAUACAAGGAUCUGGGAUAACGAAGCGAGUCACGGAUGAGAGAACUCUGCAACUGCCACUUGAGUUUGGGUGGAGGAGAGAGACCCGGAUCAGGGCGAUGGCGGGGCAUCUUCAGAGGGAGGUGGCUUACAUCGCUCCAUGUGGAAGGAGACUGCGUCAGUACUCUGACAUUAUGAAGUACUUAAUCAGAUACGGAAUAACAGAAAUUUCCCGGCAUCAUUUCAGCUUGAGUGCCAAAGUUAAAGUUGGUGACUUCUAUGAAGCCAGAGAUGGACCACAGGGUUUGCAGUGGGUUUUGUUGGCUGACGGUGAGAUUGCUCCUGUUAUUGCGGCGAUGAAUGGAAGGCGGAGACAUGGGGCAAAGUCGAAGCAUCAGCUGCAAGGUGAUGGUUCUGGAGCCAAAAAUCCUCAUCUGGAAAAUGUUGUUGACAGCAAAGUACAAAGUGGCGGAGAUGCCAAGUUGUUCCGCAGAAUAGAAGCUCAAGAAAUUGCUCGACGGGCAGCUCAAAUCAAAAUGUGGAGAAAAUUUGAGAAACAGGCCAUGAGACAAGCAGCCAAAGAGGCAAAGAGGCGACAAGCAAUAAUGGCUGCAGAGGAGAGGCAGAAGAAGAGGGAGGAGCUAAAAAUUCUGAAACAACAAGAGAAAAUCAGGCGCAUUCAGCAGAUUCGUACAGAGAAAGAACUCCGUGCACAGCGAAUCCUCGAGGAAAAAAGGAUGAAAAAAGAAGCAGCAGCCAACGCCAGAAUACUUAAAGCUGAGAAACACAAAAAGGAAAAGCAGAUGCAUAAACUUCAAGCCAUCAUGCAAAAGCAGCAGGAACGGGAGAGGCAUAAACUAGAUCUGGAGAGGGAAAGACGCCGGCAGCACAUGGUCAUCAUGAAAGCUUUGGAAGCCCAAAGAAGAUCAGAGGAAAAGGAGCGGCUAAAGAAAGAAAAGCUGAAUGAGAAACGGUUAAAAAGGGAACGGAAACUGGAACACCGAAGAAUAGAAGUGGAAAAGGCAAAAGAGCUGAGGAAGCCAAAAGAGGACAUGUGUUUAACCGAUCACAAGCCUCUUCCAGAGUUGUCCCGGAUUCCUGGUCUGGUUUUACCUGGCAGAGCUGUCUCUGACUGCUUGAUGGUUUUACACUUUCUAUGCAACUUUGGCGAGGUCCUGGGACUGGGUUUGGAUUCAGGCUUGCUCGCCAUCGGAAGCCUUCAAGAGGGGCUUCUUAAUAUCGGGAACAAUAUGCUGUUGGUGCAGGAUCUGCUGGUGAGCCUGCUCUCUGCUGCCGUGUGUGACCCGGGUGUGCCUGCAGGCCACAAGUGCAAAACCAUACUGGGAGAACAUCUGUCUGAUGUUGAGAUCGACAAAGACAAUGCGUCCGAGAUCCUGCAGAUCUUCAUGGAGAGCCACUCGGAUCAGACCCAUGUGGCAGUGCUGGCUGACAGCCUGAAGACCAGGGCCUUUCAGGCUCACACUCCCCCACAGAAAGCCUUCAUGCUGGCGUUCCUGGUCAACGAGCUCUGCUGCAGUAAGGCAGUGAUAUGUGAGAUCCACAAAAAAAUGGAUUUCAUAGCCAAUCUGAGGAAGGAAAAGUGGACCGUCGAGGAAAAGCUUCGCAAACUGAGAAACAGCGACGCUAAGACCACAGGAAUAAAGUCCAGCAGUGCAGGAGAGCAAAGCCACGCCGCUCCCAACCGCUCAGUCAAAACCAAAGGGAACAAAAUAGAAGAUGACAGUGAAGAAGAAGAGGACGAGGGCGAUGACAGUGAAGACCAAGGGGACAAUGAAGAAAUGGUGUCAGAGCUUCAGAGGGAAAUAAGACAGAAGUUGUUCGACUCGUCUCACUCGCUGCAUUCAACAAUGAUUGGCCAGGACCGAUACAAAAGACGCUACUGGAUCCUUCCGCAGUGUGGCGGCAUUUUUGUCGAGGGGAUUGGAAACGACUACGAGGAGGCAGACAAGAAAGGAGGGAUCCAAACCGACGCUCAACCAGAGACUAUCGGAGUGAAGGAUGAGCCCUUCAUUCUAGAUCUCACUUCAGAUAUUUACAGACAAAAGUCAGAGUUUAGGAACAAAGACGUUUUUCUCCAAAAACCAGAAAAAUUCCCAUCCAAACUUGAAGCCAAAAGCGAUCAAGAUCAGGAUGCCAGUGGUCAAAGCAGUCAUUCUCCUGAAGCUCCUUCAAAUCCCACCUCCCAGAUGGAUGAGCCGCCUCUGCUCAGCCCUCCACAGCUGCAGAACUUUAACUGGAUGAACCAUAGCCCUCCAUCCAUCCUUCCUAACGACCAGCCGUCCAAAGUAUCGACUGAUACAAGCGGCGGGUGGUUUAGCCUCCUGCCUCGCUCUCCGUGUGAUGCCUCCUCGAUGACGUCUGACUCCUAUUCAUCAGCCUCUUCCUCUCCAGAAGCCAUCAGGACCACAGUCUUCCCUUUUGCUUCCCCCUCAGCGGCAGACACCAGAUCUGCAAUCAAUAACGUCAAAUCCCCCGGGCCUCAGCAAGUCAAGUCUGACAUUCAUCACGGGGGAAUGACACUGUCUGAUGAGUUCAGUUUGACAGCGAGUCCCAGCCUGUCCUGCUCUGGCACUUCUCUGCCCUCCCCGCCCGUAGAGGUUGAUGGAGACCAAACCAUCAACCCAGAGCUUCACAGAAACCAGCCGGAGGAGCAGGCCACAGGGGGGCGGGACCACCCCUGUCCUCAGCCUAUCACAGGGGAGAUGCUGCAUGGAUGGUGGAAAGUGUCAGACUUGGAGGGUCUGCUGAAGAGCCUCCAUAGCCGUGGCAUCAGGGAAAGGAACCUGCAAAAACAGAUCCUAAAACACAAGGAGCAUCUGAGCCGGCUGUGUCUCAACACCACAGGACUUGAAAGUGUGGCGCCCGGAAAGUCUGACUCCUACAGGAGGAUAAUAGAAAACUGGAGUGUGGAGCAGAAGGCCAAAGAGGUGGACGUCUCUCUACUGCAACAGGUCCAAGCUCUGGAGAGAAGAGUCCUGUCUGCUGACCUGCAGGAUGGGACGUCCCCCGUGGCAGACCGGAUGUGUCAAGGCUAUCGUGAAAACAAAACCUCAUCUUUGGAGAUCAGGAGACGGAAAGAAACCAGCCAGGAGGACGCUCCUGACUCUGUAACGGGACAGGCCGACAAUCCUCUUGAAACAGCUGUCGCCAGGCUGGAGGAGCUGGAGAGGAACAUAAACCAUGCAGCAGCAGCAGCAGCUGGUUCUGAGAGCAGACUGUGGCACAAAGCUCUCAGGCAAGUCCGCGCCUCAGCCCAGCUCUCACUCUGCAUUCAACAUCUGCAGAAGUCCGUCGUUUGGGAGCAAGCCGUCCAGAGAGCGGAAAAAAGCAGAGCUUCACAGCGUAGAGAUCUGCAGAGUCAAACAGCUGGAGGAGGACUGAAACAAAGCUGCCAGCUUGCUGCGCCUGCAUGGCUCAACAUGGAGGCUGCCAGCAGCAGAAGUGGGCAAAAUAGAACUGGAACAGACUUCAAUCCUGCUUCCUGUACCAAAAAAGCCCAAAUAUCAAAGGAUGACAACAGCCAGCUGGCAGUGUGCAGAGUGCUCCUAGCUGAGCUGGAGGCUCAUAAAGAUGCAUGGCCUUUUCUCACACCGGUCAACCAUAAAGUCAUCCUAGGAUACAGGAAAGUCAUCAAGAAACCCAUGGACUUCUCCACCAUCAAGAAGAAGCUCAACAACAACCUGUACUUUGAUCUGGAGACUUUCAUGGCUGACGUCAACCUGGUCUUUGAUAACUGUGAAAAAUUUAACGAGGACGACUCUGAAAUUGGACGGGCUGGCCACAACAUGAGGAGGUUUUUUGAAGAACUUCUACAGUUAAAAAAAUGAAUGACUCCAGUGUGGACUUGUUAAUACGAUCAGACUUUUCUGUGGUGCUAAAGAAAGUUUUCUUUUUUUAAUUUAAAUUGUUAGAUUUGUUACUAAUAAAAGAUGAGCAGAGGAAAGGUCUUCCUUCUGUCUCGAUAUUUAUGUUCAAACGGUUUUUGAUUGCUUUCCUUGGGAAUAAAAAUGUCAUUACAAAAAUGG